GCCGCGGCUCGAGGCCCCCGGCCGCGCUGUCCGUGGCGUUCGCCUGCGGCGGCGGCGCGGCGGCGCCGGGGCAGCCGCGGGGCCUGCGCGGCGGGAGGAGGAGGGAGCGCCAUGGCCGAGGCCUGGGCCGGCUUCUCGCAGGAGGAGCUGCGGCGGCUGCGGGGGCAGCGCCCAGAUUUGUACGAGCCCUCAGCGCCGCCGCCGCCGCCGCAGCCUCGCCCCCAGGCUGUGCCCAAGACUCGGAAGCAACUGCAACGGGAAAAAGCUCUCCAGCAGCAGAGCCAGAGGCUGGGGCUGCAGGGAGGAGCAGCCUCUGUCACUCCAGAGCAGCUGCUUUCUGCUCCACAACCCAAACCUUGUGACCCCCAGCAGCCCGGGCCAGCACCUGGGGGUGAGAGGCAAAGGGACAGCCGAGAGCAGCAGGAGGGAGUGACACCGGCAGAGUCUUGCAAUGGCAGGGACAGUGCCCAGCCCCGCCCUACAAAGCCCACCAGCCAAGUGGAGAGAAAGAAAGUGGAAUUGUUAGUAAGUCGGCAGGAAAAAUCCCGAUGGGAGAUCCUCCAGCAGGAGCAGCGGCUGAUAGAAGAGAAGAAUAAACGCAAGAAGGCACUCCUGGCCAGAGCCAUUGCUGAGAGAUCCAAAAGAACUCAAGCCGAAACGGUGAAACUGAAGAGGAUUCAGAAGGAGCUGCAGGCUCUGGAUGACAUGGUGUCUGCUGACAUCGGCAUCCUGAGGAACCGCAUCGACCAGGCCAGCCUGGACUACUCCUAUGCCCGGGGGAAAGAGGUUUUUCUUGGAAAGUCCUGAAAUGAAAAUCCUGCUCAGGGAAAUUUGCUUGUUCAUGACAGCUCUGGUCCUGCUGGAAUCAAUGAGACCAGUUAAGCUUAAAACAUAUAAUCCUGCUGAAGCAUUUUUGCAACUAGGACCAAAAAUUGAAGGAAGAGGGAAGCUUUUAACCCUUCACAAUGUGCCUUUAAUCACUGUGGGUGUGAUGAGUUCCUUAAAGGCAAGAAAUGAAUGGGAGCACCCCAUUAGCUGUGGGUAAACCACAACAUCAGUAGAUAAACAGCAGCGUGUUUGUGCAGCCGGUUCAUAAAGCAGAAAUGUUCGCUCGCGGUUUUUGGUUCACCAUUCAAUGUGUUAAAUGCUCAUUUCUCCUUCUGACUUCUGCCGUACCAUGACCACAGGCCAAUAAAGCUGGUAAUUAGCCUUGAAAAAAAUAGCAGUGGUAGCUAAAAUAAUUAAGAUCUCUUUGGUGUAAUUAUCAUUUGAAAUGUCUAAGAUUAACUGUAGUUAGCCUGGCUGAUUGCACGUGAACACAGAAUUUCAUGUGCUCAAGAGGAAAAAACAUUUCAAUGGAUUUUAGGUUUCAUCUGGUUUCUAAAAGCAUUAAAUGCUCCUGAAAUCUUCUUACCCAAGUUUUGUAAUAAUGUAUCUAUUUGAAAUGCUUACUGGCUGAAGAGCACAAGCAGCUCUUGACGUUAGGAAAGCAGUUUUCAAGGACAAUAGCAAAGGGAGAUGCUAGUAGGACAAGUGGGUUAACUUCACCAAAAUCUUAAUGACUUUCAUUAAUUUAGUAGGUGUUUUCUUGAGGGAAGUAUUUGGCAAUGUGAGGUAGAUACUUCCAGUGUUGUAGUUCUUAUGAGCCAAAGCCAAUUUACUUUUAAGUGGAGUCUUUUAAAGCAGUUUCUUAUUGUUUGCCUUUUGUUCUAGGGCUAAAACAUAAUGCAUUUCAAUGUGCUAAAGAGGGCAAUGUUAAAUAGUCCUGAGCACAUAGCUAGUUAGCAUCAUUUGACAAUUGCUGUGGAAUAGAAUUUUUGUAAAUACAGUGUGACUAAUAGGUGGGAAUUCAGCCCAAAGGUUUAGCUGUGCAGAUGUUUCCAGCAUCGCAUUGGUUUUGCCACUUCAGGUAUCUGACCCAGAGAAAUCUUGACUUUCUUGAGGGGGAAACAUAAGUGAGCAUCUUCUGCCCACUGCAGACAUAGCCUUUACAGCUGGGUAAAAGUCACGUGGUUAUUAUAUAAAAGAAGAUACUUGGGAAGAUUUUUCUAUGUCUUAUUUACUUCUGUUUCACUAAGCAAAGGACCUCUGCCAUCUUUCUGUUGCUUUGUUUGAGCAGAUACUGGAAUCUGGUUUUAUAAAAGAGCUGGAUUCCUUAUUCAACCACCUCACUAAUACUAGUUUUAUCAGUGCUCUGUAGUCAAGCUGCAAAAGCCUUUGUGUGUUCCCUUCCCUGAUGAGCAAGAUUGCAUCUAUCUUUUGAUUAGAAUUAAUACACAGGUUCACUGAUGUAGUGAAAGUUGCAUCAUUAAUGUGGACACCAGCUAUUAAAGUGCUAGAUAUUCUCUGUUAACUCAAUAAAUACUUGGAAUAUUCCCUUUUUGCUGUAUUUGUCAUGGCAGGAAGUGCAAAUUGGCAGGAGGUGAGUGUCAGGACGGAUGCUUGCAAUAAAAUUCUACAUCUGUGUUGAUGUCACGUGCUGUGUCAGUCUGUGCUGCCCCUGAUUUUCUGAACAUGGUUACGAGCGGCUAGAAAAGCACAUGAUCCAAAUGUCAACGUGCUCCAUCGAGCAUCUGUAUCUGUGGGGGGGUGGUUGGGCUAGAAAAACACCCGACUCUCUGUGGUGUUUCAGUUCACUGAGAGGGUGUUCAUUAGAAGUGUGAAAACACUGCCAUUUCUGAUGGGUUCUUUCUGCUGCCAGUGAUGCAUCUCUUCAAACAGGCAGUAAAGAUGGGUGUUUGAGAUGCAACCUGAGCAAGUUGACUCUUGGGGUAUACAACAGCAGAGCCCCCAGUGUCCAGAGAAGUUUCGAUCGAUUCACUCUUAUUUUUUCCCUCUUGCUAAUGUGGCAGCAUGUCAUGAACAGCUGGCACAAUGCAUUGCAGAGCACGUUGCAUUCCAGGGCUUCCUAAAGUACCCGUGCCUGUGUCAGAGUGCGAGGUGCUGUGAGAAUUAACCCUCCAG